CCUCUCAGACUACCUCCCUGUAUAAAAGCCGAUGAGUUUCAGUCUUAUCAGAAACAGGUCUGAACACUUUACCCCUCUCCCUCUGACUGAUCCUCACUCCUAUGCUGCUGUAGGAUGUAGCUGAAACUCUGCAGAGAAACACGUUUUUUACUCUAAUGCAUGCGCGUUAAUGUAGUCCCAAACGAGAUAUUAAAAAAGCGUUUUUAUUAAAUCAACAUGCAGCCAUAAAGACACGUGUUUCGCGAAGUUGGAAGUUUAUUUUAAGUGCUUCAAUUCCGAUUGAGAUGGAAAGCAACACUCGUUAGGAUACCGGACGACAUGGGAAAAUGGGAGUUGACAAUGAACCCAGUGCAGGAGUGGGGCGAGGAGUUCGAGGAUGGCGCGAUUUAUGGGAUUACUCUUCGUCGAGAACCCGUCCCUUCCUCCCCAAACCUCGGAGCGGAGGGUCCAUGUUGUGCUUUUGUUCAGUACCGAACCUGCAAGGUGCGGCGUCUGAAAGCUGCCACCCUGGACCUCCUCGUGAAUCAGAUCCUCGACCCUGAGAACCAGGAGCAGGACUACAGCCGCAUCUUCCUCUCCACAUACAGGACCUUCAUCAGUACCUCGAAGCUUAUAGAGCUGCUCUUUCACAGAGACAAUGCUGCCUCAGAUCUGGACAACAGUGAAUGCUACAACAGCCCUCUCUUGGCCUUUGUCCAGACAUGGUUGGAUGAGUACAGCGAGGACUUCAGGGACUCUCCCCUUCACCCGGCACUCAGGUUGCUUCUGGAUCACCUGAGGAUCAGUUCUGCAGUUCAUCACAACAUGCGGAGCCAACCUAACUUCAGCUCUUUGGCCGGGCAAACUGAGGCACUGCUCAAUACGUUUCAGAACGAAGAAGCUGAUAAAGAUGUUAGUUCUGCUGAUGAGGAGCAAGACGAGGAGGCUUCUGGUGAUGAUGAUUCAGGAUGUGAGAACUCUCCGGAUCAAGGUGGAUUCAUGGACUUCUCCGCGGCAGCCAUUGCAGAUCAACUCACCCGAAUGGACUCGUCUCUGUUUGUCAAAGUGGUGCCGUACCAGUGUCUGGGAUGUGUGUGGUCGCAACGAGACAAGAAGGAAAACAUGUCUCCCACUAUCCGAGCCACCAUUGUGCAGUUCAACGCCGUCACUAACCGGGUCAUCAUGUCCCUGCUCUGCCAGCCUACAGACUCCAACUUCAGUCCAACUUCCUCCAACGGGCCUCAAACCUCUCCGGCUCAAAGGGCCCGCAUCAUAGAGAAGUGGAUCAGAGUAGCACAGGAUUGUCGUCGGUUGAAGAACUUCUCCUCUCUCAAGGCCAUCCUGUCGGCCCUUCAGUCUAAUGCAGUUUACAGGCUGAGAAAGACCUGGGCUGCUGUUAACAGGGAUAGCAUGGCGACGUUUGAUAACCUCUGGGAAACCUUCCCUGAUGAGAACUGUGUUCUGACCAACAGAGAGCUCCUGCUGGAGGAUGGAGGCGCGGCGGCUGUAAAUAACAUUUCCCCAAAGAUAUCGAAGAGGUGUCCGAUCCCCAGACAGAUGAGUACCUCCAGUGGAGUGGUUCCUUACCUGGGCACAUAUCUGACCGUCCUCACCAUGCUGGACACUGCUCUGCUAGACACUGUGGAGGGUGGGCUCAUAAACUUUGAGAAGAGGAGAAGGGAGUUUGAUGUUUUGUCUCAGAUCCGUGUGCUGCAGAUGUCCUGCUCCCAGUACAACCUGCCCCAUCACUCCAGAAUCUCUGCCUGGCUGCGGGGAAGCAAGCUGCUCACAGAUCUGGAGAGCUAUGACCUGUCGAGGCAGCUGGAGCCUCCGGUGGAUCUGUGUUCUCCGACCUCCUGGAGACACCGCACGCUCACAAAGAAACUCUCCUCCCUGCUCACAGUGAGCGACGGCUCUAAAAAGGUCCCGGCCGAUCAGAUCAGCGUCUCCUCCUCCGGGUCCAGCGGCUCAGAGAUGGAGGAUCUGUCCUGCCCAAACGCCACCUGCUCCAUCGGGCUGCAGGUAAACAACUGUGUGUGUGUCUUUGUUUUGUACUCUGUCCUCACCACAGUGCUGUCUCUGUUUGUCACGCUUCAUCGCAUGAUAUUGUGUGUUCAGAGAAACAGCCUCUGUUUACACGUCACAAACAAUCGUCUGGCUUCAGGCUUUAGGCAUCUGCAGAAACGACACAGACACUCUGAAAGGCCCUUGUUGACCUAUAUUACUGAAGUACUUAUGUCACACCUGCAAUAGGACUUCAACUAACAC